UCUAGCAGAAGAAAACUUUCACCUCACACACAGGAGCUAGACACUGGUAAAGGCUUGGUGCCAGGGGACCUUUGGGGAAAUUUAAUGUGCGACAAGUUUGCUUUGUAUUUCAUUUAAGCUGGUGAGGUUCCUGUGCUCUGAGACAUUACAAGAAGGCAAGAUGUUUGCUGUUCACUUGCUAUCCUUCUACUUCACCAAGUUGCAGGAGGAUCAAAUCAGAAAGGUGGACCGAUUUCUGUACGCGAUGCGUCUUUCUGAUGAGCAGCUCUGUGACAUUUCCUCUCGCUUCCAUGUGGAGAUGGAGAAAGGACUGUGUGGAGAGAGCAAUGCCACGGCUACGGUUAAGAUGCUGCCCACGCACGUGUGCUCCACGCCCGAUGGCUCAGAACAAGGUGAGUUCCUGGCACUGGAUCUUGGUGGUUCCAGGUUCAAAGUGCUUCAGGUGAAGGUAUCCGAAGAUGGGAAGAGAAAAGUUCAGAUGGAGAGUGAGACGUUCCCUGUCCCCGAGGAGGUUCUUAAUGGGAGAGGAACAGAUCUUUUUGGUCAUGUGGCAGAGUCUUUGAAAGCCUUUAUGCAGAAGAAUGAUAUAAAUCACAAGAGAAAACCACUGGGUUUCACCUUCUCGUUCCCCUGUCUCCAGUCCAAACUUGACGAGGGUGUGUUACUCUCGUGGUCAAAAAACUACAAGGCCAGAGGUGUUCAAGGCACUGAUGUGGUACAGUUACUGAGGCAAGCUAUCAACAAUGUUGGGGGCACUGAUGUGGAUGUCCUGGCCCUGGUCAAUGACACUGUGGGGACCAUGAUGACCUGUGGAUAUGAUGACCAGCACUGUGAGGUGGGAGUCAUCAUAGGUACGGGCACCAACGCGUGCUACAUGGAGGAGCUGAGACACAUUGACCUGGUGGAGGGCGACGAGGGGAGGAUGUGCAUCAACACAGAGUGGGGAGCGUUCGGAGACGACGGGGCACUCGACGAUUUCAUCACCAGUUUCGACCGUGAAAUCGAUGCGGCCUCCAUCAACCCUGGAAAGCAGCUGUUUGAGAAGCUGGUGAGCGGGAUGUACAUGGGCGAGAUUGUACGUCUUGUCCUGCUGAAGAUGGCCAAGGCCGGCCUGCUCUUUAAGGGCAGAAUGUCCGAUGCCCUCCGUACCAAGGGGAAGUUUCACACCGAGCAUGUCUGCCUGAUAGAAGAGUACAAAGACGGGCUGAAGAACACCAGAAGCAUCCUCACCGAGCUGGGCCUCAGUGCCAGUGAGGAGGACUGCAUCGCCGUCCAACAUGUCUGCACCAUCGUGUCCUUCAGGUCGGCCAACCUGUGCGCUGCCACACUGGCGGCCAUCCUGACACGCAUGCGGCAGAACAAGAAGCUGAAGAGCCUACGGACCACAGUGGGGGUGGAUGGGACUGUCUACAAGACACACCCACAGUACGCCAAGAGGCUCCAUAAGGUGGUGCGGCGGCUGGUGCCGGAAUGCAACGUCCGCUUCGUGCUGUCAGAGAGUGGCAGCGGGAAAGGGGCGGCCAUGGUGACCGCCGUGGCACAGAGGCUGGCAUCGCGCCGCAGAGAUGUGGAUGACACGCUGGCGGGGUUCGCCCUCAGCACCGCGCAGCUCCAGCAGGUGAAGGAGAAGAUGCGCAGAGAGCUGGAACUCGGCCUGCGGAAGGAGUCACACGGCUCGGCCUCCGUCAAAAUGCUGCCCUCCUACGUGUACCGGACCCCAGAUGGUACAGAAAGAGGAAAAUUCCUUGCCUUGGAUUUGGGUGGAACCAAUUUCCGGGUGUUGGUGGUUAAGAUCCGCAGUGGAAUCCGCAAGUCCGUCCGCAUGUACAACAAAAUAUAUGCCAUCCCACUGGAAAUCAUGCAGGGGACAGGAGAGGAGCUCUUUGACCACAUAGUGCAGUGCAUCUCCGAUUUCCUGGACUACAUGGGCAUGAGGAACACCUGUCUGCCACUGGGCUUCACCUUCUCCUUCCCCUGCAGACAGACUGGCAUUGAUAAGGGAAUUUUGGUGAACUGGACAAAAGGCUUCAAAGCUACGGACUGCGAAGGAAACGACGUGGUGGACAUGCUGAGGGAAGCCAUUAAGAGACGAAAUGAAUUUGACCUCGAUAUUGUUGCUGUGGUAAAUGACACUGUUGGCACGAUGAUGACAUGUGCGUAUGAGGAUCCUAAAUGUGAAAUUGGGCUUAUUGCUGGAACGGGCAGCAAUGUGUGCUACAUGGAGGAGAUGCAGAAUAUUGAAAGCGUGGAAGGAGACCAGGGCAGGAUGUGUGUUAACACAGAGUGGGGCGGGUUUGGGGACAACGCCAACAUUGAGGACAUUCGGACUAGGUUCGACCGCGAGGUGGAUGAAGGCUCUUUCAAUGUGGGAAAACAAAGGUUCGAGAAGAUGACCAGUGGAAUGUACCUGGGCGAGAUUGUCAGGCAGAUUCUCAUAGAUCUCACCAGACGGGGUCUUUUGUUUCGUGGCCGCAUUACAGAACCUCUGAAAACCAGGGGAAUUUUUGAAACCAAGUUCCUCUCACAGAUUGAAAGUGACCGUCUGGCGCUACUGCAAGUGCGGUCCAUUCUGCAGCACUUGGGUCUGGACAGCACGUGCGAUGACAGCAUCAUCGUUAAGGAAGUGUGUGGGACCGUGUCACGCCGAGCCGCACGGAUCUGUGGAGCAGGGAUGGCUGCUGUCGUGGACAAGAUCCGGGAGAACCGAGGACUGGACCACCUGGACAUCACUGUGGGGGUGGACGGCACACUCUACAAACUCCAUCCUCACUUCUCCAGAAUCCUUAAGGAGACAGUGAAGGAGCUCGCCCCUAAAUGUAAUGUGGACUUCAUGCUAUCCGAGGAUGGCAGCGGGAAAGGGGCAGCCCUCAUCACAGCUGUGGCCCGUCAGCAUUUUAGGAACACGUAACAGCACAGGACUGUAUCCUGUUCCUUUCCAGCAGCACUGCAGCUGGAAUAUUUGAGAGAACUGUUUUUCUGUGGUUGGAAAUGUAGCGCCGGCCUAUGUGGGACCUUCCCAGAAGUCAUCAGACGGAAUCACUUGAUACACACCAUGAAGUUAAAAAAUCCUCUGUAGAUAAGGUGUUUGGGGCCUUCAUGCCAAGUACAAUGAGUGCUGGCCAGUAUUGUUUGGUUAAAGUGUCCCUGUGUUCUUAUUUGAUAUCAUUUUUUAGAGUUUGCUAUGAAUAUAAUAAAGUUUCAUUAAACUUGGAGCUUCUUGGAGCUUUUGAUGAUUAAUAACAUUUUUGGACAGGGAGUGCUGACUCUUUUGUGCAGUAUCAACAUUCAAGCUUUCGUAAAAUUGUAAUUAUCUGUUGAGCUGUUUCAUGCUGCCUCACUUUGCCCUGUUUCGAGUCGGAUCAUCAGCCGAGCUCAUUUUGCUGUCGAAGGUCACUCAAAUGACUUUGUGAGUGACUGGCCCUCUUUGCAGGUCACCUCCCCCUCUCCUUUGUCUCCAGGGAGAGAGCAGGUCUGCCUGGGUAGGCAGAAAGAAUGGCACAGCCAGACCGAGCCUGAGGGGGAGGUGGCCUGGAAUGUCGUGCUCACAUGGGCCACACACCAGGCUCUAUCUGAACACCAAGCAGACCACUGUGUUGAUGGCAACAAAUCACAGCUAUGAGCUGGUCAUUUUUAAAUAUAACUGCUAGAUUUCAAAGCAUCUCUGAUAUCUUGUGGUGUUUGAGUUUUUUGAGGAGCAGUAUGCACAUGCUCUAACUACUAAAAUAAACUCCUGUAAGAUUGUAGAUCCAGUGAGUAAAUGAGCCCAACUGCAAGAUCUACUAUAAAUCCCCACAAUACAGGGAGAGAUUUAUUCAUGCUAAACCCUCCUGCCAAUGCUGGCUAGCUUUGCUCUCAGGUUCUUUCAUGAGCUCUACCUCAGUGUGUUUCACAUAAAGCCAACUAAAUUCUUUUUUUUUUUUUUUUUUUUAAGAGAAUCUUAACUUAUUGUUUUCCAUACUUUUUAUUAUUGGUAGUCUGGUCUAUUUAUUUUAAAAAGUUAGAAAAGAUUAUCUGUUUGAAAAAUGGAAUUUUUAAAAUACCAGUUAGGUUAGCACCUUUAUAAAUUCGCUAGACUUCAGUGGUCAUUGGGAAUUCAUCAGCAUUUUCAUUUAGCAGAGGACAGAAUCUCUUUAUAAUCUUCAUUGUGGUCAUUCAGUCAUGGUUUAUUUUGCGACCAAGGGAGAAACGGCCUCUUACCCUGACAGUAAUAUUACAAAAUUCACUAUUGUAUAAAGCUGUUGUAGUCUCCAGCAGGUAACUGCUGUCUGCAUGAUUUCACAUUUUUGCAUAUCAGCUAUUUACUGUUAUAGGCUGGUGCUGAGAAAGAAUACAUUACAUUGUGCAAGCUCUGUUAUUGAUUUGAUCAACAAUAACAGCUUUCAUUCAGAAAUCGCACUGGGAGAUUGUGGCUCUGUGGAAGCUACGCAGCAUUUCUAUGAGCAGUGACACAGUUUGGUUCGAUUAUGUAAAUGUGCUUGUUUUAAAUCUGCCUGAGCCCUAUCUUAAGGGUUAAUUAGGUCAUCUGUAUUUGUGAUUAUCUUAUCUACUUGUUGGACUACCAGUCACCAGCCAUGGAUAGUGAUGAAGAGCUAGACACUUUACCAUAUGUAGGUACAUAACCUCUCUGUGUGUCUGUUGGUAUUUAGACCUUAUAUAGUGAAUUGGUUUAAGCCUAAUAUUUGCUUACUUGUUUAAAUGAGGGCAGCACAGUACACAUACAGAAUAGAACAUUUAGAGUAGGACACAUCUGUCAGUCAGCAGGUCAGUCUAGACGUUACAGCGGAACUGUGUGCUUCUGUGUGUUCAGUAAUCUAAUGUACAAUCAUUUAUAAAGUUUAAGAUGAUUAACAAUGCUGUGGAAUUUU